UUUUUUUUUUCAAAUUAGAACGGAAAGAAAAACAAUAACAAUGCCGUCUCGUGCUGUAGAUUGACCUAGGGAUAUUGAAAUUCUUGUCCAAACCCUCUAAUUUUGAUGGGAAAUGCAGACACUUAUUCGAAUUGUAUCGGAUAAAUUUCUUAGAGGGAUACAACAGUUUUGGCACAUAAAUGUUGGGAAAAAAACGCCUGAUCCUUCCAGGCUUCCUUUCUCAUGAUGCCUGCAAGGAGCUGGAAUUUAUUCACAAGAGUUGCAGCACAGUUGGGUACAGAGCUAAUGUCUUCUCCACUACCCUUGCACACUUGAUUGCCACCAAUUGUGCUUAUCUCAUCAUGCCUUUUAUCCCUAUCAGAGAAAAGCUGAGGGAGAGCAUAGAAGAUUUCUUUGAUUGUCAGUUGGAGCUCUUUAUAGAAUUCACCGGUCUCAUUAGUUGGACUAAAGGGGCAAGCAUAGGAUGGCAUAGUGAUGAUAAUAGACCAUAUCUCAAGCAGCGCCAAUAUGCGGCUGUAUGCUAUCUAAACAACUACAAUGAAGACUUUAAAGGUGGUCUUUUUCACUUCCAAGAAGGUGAACCAACAACUAUUGUACCCAAGAUUGGAGAUGCAAUACUUUAUACAGCAGAUGAAUCCAAUAUUCAUUGUGUUGAUGAGAUCACUGAAGGGGAACGAUGUACAUUAACACUGUGGUUCACACGCGAUAGUUCACAUAAUGAGGAUGCCAAGCUCAUCAGUCAACUUUCUGAUCACCUUUAUCCUUUUUUAAACCCUGGUGGGGUCAAGGAUACUGAUUCUGAUUUACUUAUGCCCCAUGGGGCCAAGAAGAUGAUGAUGCAAGAUUCUUCUUCAAUAAGAGUAGAAGAACUAAAUGAUUUAGCAACUGUUACUAGUCGUAAUGUAUCUGGGUAUUUGCAUUUUUCAUCAGAUUUCAUAUUAGAACACUGGCUUCCUUUGCCAGCAUCGGAUAACAUGUAUUGGGUAAACCAGGACCAUCUUAUGAUGGAAGAGGCACAUGAUUUUUUAGUUGGUCUUAAAGAACAACACUUGGACUUUGAUAUCCGUUGGGCCAGGAUGCUCUUACUUGGUUUGGAGUUUUGUUUUGAUAAGGAUCACGGCAACUUAGAGGAAUGUGAAACAAAGAUGAAAGAAACCAACCAUGAUUGUACAUUAUAUUCUUCAGAUUCCCUUGAUAAGCCACUGCAACUGCAAUGGAAAGGAAUUGUGUUGCCUGAGCUAUUUAGAAACAGUUUACAUGCCGUUCAGGUUGUCCUGUUUUACCAUUGGAAGUUUUGGAAGCGACCAAGUAAUUGUGUGGAGGAUUAUUGCUAUGGUUUUGGAGCAGAAACUGCUACAGGGGCAUCUACUGGUCACAGAGAGUUACAGACAGACAGAUAUAGUUUGUUAAGAAAGGUCUUAUGUAAAAAGUUCACAGUACAAGACACUAUGCUGCCUGAUUUCAGUGUAGAUUAUUCUGCAUCUUCUCAUGAAGAGCAACCCAUUUUCAAUUAUGAAGACUUUAUUCAGGCUACUAAUGGAUGGAAGCAAUAUUUAUGCACAUUAUCGAGAGCUUUACUUCUAAGCUUACCUCAAUGGGAAGCAAAUAAAAUUAUCUUUUCAGUAUGAUCUUACAAAUC